AUGAUCUGCCCUGCAGGUAACACAAAUCCGGACUACGUGAUGAAGUGGGCGGAGCCUUAUUGCUACUGCCCGGCUCCUGAAGCAGUUCCGGCUGCUUACAUUGAAGAUGAAGAGCCAGGCACCUUUCGUUGUGCUCCAGGAUACGUGGGUCGGCCCACCCUGUUCUGUGGGGAGUCGCCGCAGUGCCAGCAGGAACCAGCUCUGACGGGAUGUGUCUCCCCGGAUGUUUGCCAUGUGGAACCUUUCAUCGAUGACGACGACCGACCUGGUAUGGUCCGUGGUGUGGUUGCCUUUGGACCAGCGGAGGUCGAAGGUGUGAUCGAUGAGGAGCACGUCGACGGCUACGACAUCUUGCUCGCGGACGAGUGCGGCCAGGCGCUGCCCUUGCCCGCUCUGGCUACGGUCCCGCGGCGCGCGCUCCCCGCCGCCGGAGGUUGCUGCGAGACGCGGUCCUACCAGGUCGCCGUUGAGGCAGAUUUGACGGACGCGCGCCUGAAUGGUCGGACAGCCACGGUCCUCGUCGCCAUCUCUGGCCUCCUCCAUGGGAAGGUCAUCAACAUUACCGAUGUUGCGGGACAGGCGAGCACCACCAACAAGGUCACAGUGACGGGUGCCGCCCGAGCAGCUCAUACGGUUCCUGUUGUGUCAAUGUGGCUCAUCGCUUUCGCGGCGGUGCAGUUGCACAGAAGCUCCGUGUAG